AGCAGUUCGUUGUGCAACACCGUGCCUUUCACUGGCGCAGGCGAAUCAGAGGCUGAGGGAAUCGCCAAAAUUAUCGCUACAUCGGCCGACGGAAGCUUAAGCGACAUCAUGCUUUUCUUGGUGUACCUGAGUGUCUUAUGCGUGUUUGGAGCAACCUGUUCAGGCAAUUCCACAACACCUCAGCCAAUAACGACGGAGGACACCGAGCAGUGCUCCACAUGCGAGUUCAGGCAUCAGAGCAAACUGAUGAGACUCCAUACCAUCAAGUCCCAAAUUCUAAGCAUCCUCCGACUCGAACAGGCUCCAAACAUCAGCCGGGACAUGAUAAGACAGCUCUUGCCAAAAGCGCCUCCCUUACAGGAGCUCUUGAGCCAGUAUGACCUCCAGCUGGACGACAGGAAAGUUGUAGCGACUGACGAUGGGGAGCACGCCACAACUGAAACCAUCAUUACCAUGGCCACAGAGCCCCAAUCAAUCGUCCAAAUAAACGGAAUGCCAAGAUGUUGCUUAUUUUCCCUCAGUCCGAAGAUAUUACCCAACAACAUCUUGAAGGCGCAGCUGUGGAUACAUCUGCGGGCGACUGUAGAAGCCACUACCGUCUUCUUGCAAAUUUCUCGUCUUAAACCACUGUCAGAGGGCAACACGAGGGCUAUUAUUAGGUCCCUGAAAAUCGAGGUAGAUGCAGAGACCAGCUCUUGGCAAAGCAUCGACAUGAAUCAGCUUCUACAGUCUUGGCUGAAACAACCCGAGACCAACCUUGGUAUCGAGAUCAGGGCGUUUGAUUCCAAAGGAGUGGACCUGGCCGUCACCUCUGCUGAAUCUGGCUCGGACGGACUGAAACCUUUUAUAGAAGUGAAAAUAGCUGAGACGCCCAAGCGGUCAAAGCGAGACAAUGGCCUUGACUGUGACGAGAACUCCCCCGAGUCCCGCUGCUGCCGCUACCCUCUCACCGUGGACUUCGAGGACUUCGGCUGGGACUGGAUUAUUGCGCCGAAGCGCUACAAGGCCAACUACUGCUCGGGAGAGUGCGAGUACAUGCACCUACAGAAGUAUCCACACACUCACCUGGUGAACAAGGCUAAUCCACGGGGUACCGCUGGACCUUGCUGCACUCCCACCAAAAUGUCUCCAAUCAACAUGCUCUAUUUCAAUCGCAAAGAACAGAUUAUCUACGGAAAGAUACCCUCAAUGGUGGUGGACGUAUGUGGCUGCUCCUAGACUUAUUUCACGCCAUUGGUCUAAAUUGGAAACGGAAACAGGGAUCUUCAGGAUUUCAGGCGUAUGUCGAUACAGAUUUAUGUUGACGGAUGCAUCAAAGAAAUAACAUCCAGCACCCUGUAGCGGACAUUUUAAGGGAAACAAACUGUCUUACAAACUGUCCAAGUUCACCAUCCAUUAAAUCAUUCUAAAGACCGAAGUCCACAUAAUACAAUAUAUUACAGAAAUGUAUGUGUAUAAGUAUUCUAAAUGUAAAAUAUAUUCAUUUGACAUAAA